GCUCAGCGCAGACUGCCCCCGCUGUGGAGCGCAGUUGCUAUAUUGAGUUUAGUAGCUAGGUGUCCUGCCCGGAGAAGCUGAAGUUUAAACUCCCUGCAUUGCAGCCUUGAGCUGCUGGAAUCAAUCACGCAACAAUGGCGACUCCCAGCCCCAGCAGCAACUCAACAACCUCCUCUAGCAACAGCAGCAAUAAUGCAGGAUCUACAUCAACAUCAUACCACCACCAGUCCCCGUCUCAGCACAUAACGACAGUCAGCAGCAUGCAGGAGACCAACACGUGCUGGAGAUGUCAGAAUGAAACAGGCUUUCAGAUAAACCUGUCUGGAGUUCCCCAAAGUAAACGUAAAGCACUGAAGCUAAAUUUUGCUAAUCCACCUAUUAAACCGACAACCAGAAUCCACACAACUGGGCCUCCUUUUCAGAACCCACACAUACACAACAGUAGGAGCAAUAGAAGCAAGCCACUCAGAACUUCUAUUACCUCAUCACUAGAGAGGCUGCGAACACACAGUAUCGAGUCAUCAGGAAAGCUUAAGAUAUCCCCGGAACAGCAUUGUGACUUUACUGCUGAGGACCUCAAAGACCUUGGUGAAAUUGGGAGAGGUGCCUAUGGGUCUGUCAACAAGAUGGUGCACAAGCCAAGUGGCCAAAUCAUGGCAGUCAAGAGAAUUCGAUCAACUGUUGAUGAAAAGGAACAGAAGCAGCUUCUAAUGGACUUGGAUGUCGUGAUGAGAAGUAGUGACUGUCCAUUUAUUGUUCAGUUUUACGGGGCUCUUUUCAGAGAGGGUGACUGUUGGAUAUGUAUGGAACUCAUGUCUACCUCAUUUGACAAAUUCUACAAAUAUGUGUAUUCUUCAUUAGACGAUGUAAUUCCUGAGGAAAUAUUAGGCAAAAUAACAUUAGCUACUGUGAAAGCACUUAACCACUUAAAAGAAAACUUGAAAAUAAUUCACAGGGACAUAAAGCCUUCCAACUUCCUUCUAGACAGGAAUGGAAACAUCAAACUCUGUGAUUUUGGUAUCAGUGGACAGCUUGUUGACUCUAUCGCAAAAACCAGAGAUGCAGGAUGCAGACCUUACAUGGCGCCGGAAAGAAUAGACCCUAGUGCUUCCAGGCAGGGGUACGAUGUUCGUUCAGAUGUUUGGAGUUUGGGGAUCACACUGUAUGAGCUGGCCACUGGUCGAUUCCCUUACCCAAAGUGGAAUAGUGUUUUUGAUCAGCUGACCCAAGUUGUAAAGGGAGAUCCUCCACAGCUGAGCAACUCUGAGGAAAGGCAGUUUUCUCCCAAGUUCAUCAACUUUGUCAAUCUGUGCCUUACAAAAGACGAAUCAAAAAGGCCAAAGUAUAGAGAGCUUCUCAAGCAUCCGUUCAUCUUGAUGUACGAGGAGCGAACUGUGGAUGUUGCCAGUUACGUGUGUAGAAUCCUUGAUCAGAUGCCUGCUUCUCCCACCUCUCCCAUGUAUGUGGACUGAUCACUAAGGUGCAGGCAUGGGCUUUAGACAUAAACAGAUACAGGUGUAAAGAUUUGUGUUAAUCACACACUAAAGUGUUGAAAAGAGAUGGGGGGGGAUCCCAAUCCCAGAAUGCCAUGUGCAAUAAUGUCAUUUCAACCAUUCUGUACUCAACAUUUCCACACAGAUGCUUGGAUACAAACAUGCUAGUUGUCUUCGUGUGCAACGUCGGGGCUUACUACAGUCAUCACGGUUAGAGUGUGUGCAUUCAGCUAGAAAAUGAUUUUGAAAUUGAAUUUUAAAAAGGAAAUGUGAAACCUCCAUUUCCCCCAAUCAUGUUACAUUAGGUAAUGUCGUCUCACCCACCGACCCAAUGGAUCUGCAGAUCUUAGAAAGAGUAAUUAAAGAAAGAUGUAAUUGAAAAAGCUUCAGAAAUGUUGAUGGAAUGGGACUAUCAUCUCUUUUAUUUAGAUAUUUUUUAAGGGAAAAUAAAUGUAAAAAUAUAAAUUUUAAAGUGAAAUAUAUAUGUUAACAAAUACAAAAUUUACCCAAAAAAGGUUGGAAAUGAGAUUUAGGAAAGAAUGCAACAUACAUGUAGAAAAGUACAAUGUGUGUGUGCUGCUUUGUGCUUUCAUAUUAGCAGUUUAGCAGUAUGGAAACACAAAUGUGCAUACAUGUAGGCUCACAGGUAAAGGAAAGGACAACUCUACACGUCUGUAAAUAGGUUCGUAUGCAAAAAUGUUGUCCUAUUAAAACAUGACCUGUAUAUUGUGGCUUUAUUUUCUUUAUAUGCAAAACAUCUUUUGUGUAAUUAAUUUUUACAGCAUCCAAAACCUUUUUAGCUGCACAGUUUACAUGGGGUGUUCAGACAUUAGGACAUGACAGCAGUGUGUCUGUGUACCUUUUGUUUUUGAAGUUGCCCCUUAUAUGUUUAAGCGAUCUUUAAUUGUAGAUCCAAAUUGAUUCCUUUUGUCUUGGUCACAACUUCUACAAUGCACUUAGCAUGUUUUUCGAGUAACCCACUUGUAGUAUCACCCUAGACAAAACUAAUUUGUUCUUGUGAAACGUUGUCAACAUUGUUUCCAUGUAUACUACAGCACUUCAAUGUUAUAUCUGAAAGGGAAAUGUCAACCAUUUAUCUAAGUAUAAUCAUAUAUAGAAAAAUGAGAGAUUGCACUUCGAGAAACCAUGAAAUCAUUUGGUGCCAUGCAUUAAAAUAUUUUUUCCUGGAAAAGAACUAAUUUCAAAGUCUCAAACUACUGUUUACUGCUGAAUCCAAGUUAAGAUACAUUUUACCUGUUUUAUUUUACAUAUUUAAAAAAAUGGUGACCUGCACAGUAUUCUUUAAUCAUGUUUUUAAAGUUGUCAGACUUUACAUCCAGAAGUCAUGGACAAGAAUGCUGUAAAAUUAAAAUUUCUGUGAGUUGGCUGUUAAAAUUGUCAUGCUAGCACUUCCCCCUAUUUAAUACAACGUUUUCUUUGCAGUCAUGGAAUUCAAACACAAGUGGAAAUUGUCUUAUGGUAUACAGACUUUCUUAUGGAGUAAAAUUAGUGUAGACAUGUCAGUUUAUUAGAAUGUUAAUAUUUGAUUAUAAAAUAUUAUUAAGGGUGAUGAGUAUUACAGUGUAUCUUUUAAGAAUAUAAAGUAUGUAUGAUGUUCACACAACUGUGAAAAUAUUAUAACUGUAUGUUGUGAACUUGUUCUUUUUUCCUGUACAAUAGAAGAUGUAUUAAAAAAAUUACGUGCAGGGAUAUUGCCUUAUGUCUGUGAACGGGAGCUCGGGUAAUGUAACACCUGCUUUCAGAAAGCUCCCAGCUUCCUGCCUAUUUUAUCCUAUUUACUUCACAUAUUUAAGAAAUUAUCAAUGGAAUAUUAAGUGUUCAUGUAGUAAUGAUAUGAUCUAGUAUCUGCCUGCAGGUCAGUUGUAAUAAAAUUAGGACGUGACUAUGA